AGGAAAAUGAAGAGCCAAAAAACUGGAGAGGAGCUGGGAGAGUAGGAGCCGAUGACCAGAACUCCGGAAGGCAGAAAUAGGCGGGAGAUUUGCUGAGUUUUAUUUUAGACAUUUGAAUCUGAGAAUGUACGUCCGCCGCUGUCGCCUCCCCAAAUAGAAAUCUCUGCUAACCCGUUUUCAGCAGAUUGGACUUGCAUAGCAUGAUGAGUAGUGGUUACCAGCAUCCAUCUCCAAGUCAUUCUAGCCUCUCUAAUGCUAGUGGUUGCAAUGGGGUAUGUAUGAUGAGUAACAGCUGGAGAGAUGAUCAACACCCAUCAUUUCUUAAUUUUGUUUCCAGCUUCUUACAUGAAAAUUCUUUUCGUCUGAAUUUUGUCCCAAUAACACCGGAUAUUAUCAUUAACUGUGGGGGUUUGUCUAUUGCAUUCAUUUUUCUAACAAAUUGGGACAGUAUGAAAACAGAAUCGUUCUUUUGCAGAGUAAAGAAGCUAAAAGAGCAAUUUGCAAACUUUUAUGUGGUUGUGACCCUUCCAACUAAAGAACAAAAUGAUUGUUUCAAUUGCUCUUACUUCAAGUACAAUAUGGAACUUGGAAAGCCAACUUUUAUUCCAGUACGAGAUUUAGAGAUGGGGUGGGAAAAAAUUGUGAAGAUUGCACAUGCUCGUGGGGUGUGCAAAAAGCAACAUGCUGUAGAAAUGAUGAAAGCGGAGAAGGAAAAGUCGGUUCAAUCAAUGGAUGCUUAUCUCAGAGUGGUCACUUCAAUUCCAGGCAUUGACAAGCAUGAUGCAAACGCACUUAAGCAAGCGAUCGGGUCAAUUGAAGCAAUAGCCAAAGCAUCAAAGGAGUGUAUUCUGGAAAACACAGACCUUUCAGUUGAUAAAGCCGAGAGAAUAUCAAUGUUUUUCAGGGAUCCGAAGUACUUCCUUCGUCCUAAAAUCGGUUGAGUUAUAAUGCAAAAGUGAUGAGAUUGAAUCCAGGAUUACCUUACAUUUAUGGUGAGAAAGUUUAACUUGAAUGUUGGAACAAAGACUUCCUGAGUUCCGCUUGGGAAAUAGAGAAGCAAGCAUGCUUUAUUGGCUUAUUUGAUUUAAAGGGGAAUUUUAUCCUCUUCCUUAGUUAUUUCAAGAGAAAUGGUCCCGGACCUUAAGUUUAUGUAUAUACUUAAAUAGGACCUUGACUUUUCUUUAUACCUAAAUCGGACUAAAUAUCCCGUGCCUCCCUAAAUUACCCUGCAUCCCAAGACUCUAGAGAACGGUCUCGGAAUUACUCGCUACACCUUCACCACUGUGACGACUCUCCCAAAUUUCAAAGUAUGCCGCGGCAUAGCAGGCGAGUACGCUGCGGCAUGGCAGGCAAUUAUGCCGCGGCAUGGCCAAGUAAUAGGCCGCGACAUAAUACGGGCAAGAGGACAAGCUGGAGUCUAGAAGUUCCCAAGAGAGAGGGGCAGAUUUCUAGAGGCUUAGAGAAUAUUCUAGACUCAUGUAGAUAGAGAUACACUUGUAUAAAGUAUAGUAGAAUACUCUAGAAUGUUAUAGAGUUGUAUAGAAGUAAAUCGUAGCCGUUAGAUCAAGUAGAUCUUAGCCGUCCAUUGAAGAGGGGGACAAGUAUAAAUACCCCUCAUGGUUGGCUCAUUUGUAUCCAUCAAACCAUCUAAUCAUCGAAUUCUUGAGAGCAAUAAAGCAUUGUAUACGUUUCUCCACAAUCGGUGUCCUUAGAAGUUAGGUUGACUAGCAUAGUUUGGGUGAAGUGUGCUAGUGCCGCAUGGGUCUUCAGAAUAAGUCCGUGACACCACCCAUCUACAGAUGUUCUUUGCAGAAGGUGAACAGAAGAAGAAUAGGAGCAACCGUAGAAGAACAGGAGAAGAAGCUGCACACUUUGAAAAUAAUCAGAUCGACGGCAAAGAGACAAUGGACAACAAGGAAGGUGUCGUCGGCGCCAGUGAAGAUAUUGCAAAUCUGUUCUUUUUCCUCUCUUCCUCUUCCUUCUCUCUUUCCCCGUCUUCUUGUCUUCUUCUAUCCGCGCUCUUUUUUCUAUCUGCUACUUUCAUCCGUCUUGUUCUUUAACUUUCUUCUUUUCUUCCGCCUUGUUUUUGGUUUUGGCUGUUUGUGAUUCCAUUUUGUUUUGUUUCUAAUUUUUUUCACUUUCCUUUCCGAAAUUGUAAAUUUUUAGUCAUGCCAGUAACACCAUAGUCCAUAUAUUCUGUUUUACUAGCUUUACUCCCUGCUGAAGCUUAUACUGCAUUAGAAUGCAAAAGCCAGAGAUGAGUGUUGCUAGAAGUGAAAUUGUCAUAAAGUGACUGAUAUAAUGACAUUAUAACACGUUAUUUUUCCAUAAAAAUUAUAUUUUAUAGUUUUGGCAUUAGUUUUAACAAUGUCAUUUUCAUAAUGAUUGACAUUCUUAUAACAUUGUCCUUGUCAUUCUUAUGACAUUGUCAUUGCCAUUUUAUAAUGACUGAAUCAAAUAAUGAUUGAUUAUUUGAUAUUACGACAAUUUUAAUAAAAUUAACAUUGUCAUAAUAGUUAUUGACAUUGUCAUAAUUACAAUCUCAUUUUAUAGCAUCGUCAAUCCCAUUGUCAUUGUGACAUUUUCUUGAUCUGAUGACAUUUCUAUAUGUCGACAAUGUCAAAAUAAAAAUGACAUUGGUUUAGACAUUGUUAUUAUCACAAUGUCACUUUUGUAAUGUUGACAUUGCCAUUGUAUAGUUGGUAAUCAACGUGUUUCCAAGUGAGUUUGAAUAGGUGGCAACCAAGGAAGCAUGGUGGCCUACACAACUACCACAUAUCUAAAUAAGAUUUAUUUAGUUUAAUGGGAAAUACUCUAUAGUUUUACUUAGCAGUUAGCAGCCCCAAAACUCCUCUCCCAUAUUUUCCAAUAUGACACUUUUAUUAUUUCAUUGUCAAUUGAUAAUAUUUUCCAAAUUAAUGAAUACAUCCAGACUACCAAUAUGACACUACAAAAGUUGACCACUUGAUCAAAACAUAAGAGCAUCCAUAUUGAUGAUCUUCAACUUUACGGUUUUUCAUGGCUUAUUAUUGUCAUGUCACCUCCACAUAAGAUAAUCUCAAAUAAUCUCCAAAUCAAUAAAUUUCUCCUCAUUCAUGAUCUUAAUUUAUCUUGGAUAGGAGCGUGAGCAUGCACGAACUACCAAGCUAGUCAUUACCAUAAUUAUGAGUAUAUGCC